AUAAAAAAAAGUCUUUUUAGUUCCUUAGCUGUUACUAGACUAGCGAACAGGCUACAUUGCCAUUAUAAAAACAUUUGCUCGUUAAGAGUUAUUUAAAUUAAGCUUGCGAGCAGAUAAUCAGUAUAACACUAAGACGACUUUUGUUGCCUAUACCUAAACCCGCUGAAUUGUUUUUAGUCAGUCUGCUGAACCACUCAGUGAACAACCUUUAGUCAGGACGACGUUAGUCCAGACAGCGAGGUUCGACAAAAACUUCAGCAGCCCAGCACAGAAAGAACAUUUUACGCACGAAAUUAUAAAGGAUCAUUUAUUAACUAGAAUAUACUUGGUAGUUUGCUCGCUACUUUGUAAUGGCCAAGUGGGGAGAAGGAGACCCUCGCUGGAUCGUGGAAGAGAGAGCAGAUGCGACAAAUGUCAACAACUGGCACUGGACGGAGCGUGACGUCACAGGCUGGUCGUCAGACAAACUACAAGAGCUCCUACUGGGGAUUCGUGUAGAAGGUCAGGAUGGUACUUGUGAGAUCACAGAUGUCAGUAAAUUGGAGGGAGAAGCUUCCAUCAACAACCGCAAAGGCAAACUCAUUUUCUUUUAUGAGUGGAAUGUGAAGGCAUCGUGGACUGGUACCUCAAAAACAGGGAUCAAGUACAAAGGGAACAUUGAAGUGCCAAACCUGUCUGAUGAAAAUGACAUGGAUGAUUUGGAUAUCCAGGUUUCACUGUGUAAAGAUCAGCCAAGCACACCUUUGACUGAUCUAAUGAGGAAAGAGGGAACCAAAAAGAUCAGAGCAGCUCUAGGAAACUAUGUGGACCACCUCAGAUCAGAGUUCUCUCAGGGUAUGAUCCUACCAACGGCAAAUGGCCUUAACACACAGUCACAGCAGAAGCCCCAGACUAAAGUGAAAAUGGAUAACACUCUGAUUGGCUCUUCCAACACUGCUAAAACGCAGAAUAGUGGAGUCAAGAUCCCUACUGUUAAAUUCAGUCUGAAGGAGACCUUCCUCACAUCACCAGAGGAGCUCUACAGAGUCUUCCUCAAUCAGGAGAUGGUUCAAGCCUUCACACACCUGGCAGCUUUUGUGGAGGGUGACAAGGGUGGCAAAUUUCGCCUGUUGGAAGGGAACGUGUGUGGAGAGUUUACAGAUCUGGUUCCAGACGAAAAGAUUUGUAUGAGGUGGAGAUUUUCAACUUGGCCUUCCGAGCACUAUGCUUCCAUCAUUCUUAGCCUUUCCGAACGGAGUGGAGAAACAGAGCUGCUUAUGGAGGCUAAAGGUGUUCCCACCAACGAGGAAGAAAGGAUGAAGGAGGGCUGGCAGAGAUACUACUUUGAGGCCAUCAAACAGACAUUUGGUUAUGGAGCUCGGCUAUACUGAACAAAAAGAGAAAAAAAAGCCUUAAACAGUGCCAUAUCACAGCAACUGUACGUUAAAACAAGAAGGCCUAAAUAGCAAACAUGUACAUAUGGAAUGUUCGCUCAUUUUGCACCAAUAUAUACACUGUGCUAGCUUCUUUCAAAAUGCUGACUGAGAACUCUCUUCACAUCAUGGAACACGGUCUGUGAAGAUUCUACUCUGAAAGACAGAUUUUAUGCGUUUUUAUAUGUGUGGAAGCUCCCUGCAUAGUAAUAGACUGUUGAAAAUGUAUUUUAAGAAGGCUGUCACGUGAAUUGUAUUUAUUUCACAGAAACUAUUUUCAGAAAGGAACUGAUCCCUUUGUAUCUUUAUUUGGCCACAAACACCAUGCGUUUGUUUGUACAAAUGUCACAUUUGCUGAAUAAUGGAUUGCUUUUGAAACAUCGUGACAAACCCACUGUUUUGAAAUUCAAGCAAGGCAGUCUUGAAGCCCAGCAAAAUUUUCUUGGCAGUUGCUUGAACAUCGAACGGUUAGAAAACUGUAAUUACUGUACAGCUGCUUAUAAUAUAGUUUACAAUAAAAUGUAACGAUUGAAAAAAUAAACAAAGAAUGACUGAUACCUCC